AAACUGUUGCAGGCUGGAACUGGUAUAGCUGAGCUUAUUGCUUUGGAGGUUUCAAAACAAACCCAAGCUCCAGUUGAAGAGACUCGCAAGAAGAUUUGGCUUGUGGACUCAAAGGGGCUGAUCGUUCGAUCCCGCCUCGAUUCCCUUCAACACUUCAAGAAGCCUUGGGCUCACGACCAUGAAUCUAUCAAGGAUCUUUUGGGUGCCGUCCAGGCAAUCAAGCCAACAGUGUUGAUAGGAACAUCUGGUGUUGGAAAGACAUUUACAAAGGAAGUUGUGGAGGCCAUGGCAUCCCUCAAUGAGAAACCACUUAUCCUUGCACUCUCGAACCCGACGUCACAAUCGGAGUGUACCGCCGAAGAAGCUUAUACAUGGAGCCAGGGUCGGGCGAUCUUCGCCAGUGGAAGUCCAUUUGACCCUGUUGAAUAUGAUGGGAAAGUUUAUGUGCCUGGCCAGGCCAACAAUGCUUACAUAUUCCCUGGAUUUGGCUUGGGACUGAUCAUGUCGGGUACUAUUCGCGUGCACGACGACAUGCUCUUGGCAGCCUCGGAGGCAUUGGCUGCCCAAGUGAGUGAAGAAAACUAUGAGAAGGGUUUGAUUUACCCUCCCUUUACCAACAUCAGAAAGAUAUCAGCUAACAUUGCUGCUAAAGUUGCUGCUAAAGCCUAUGAACUUGGUCUGGCUUCUCGUCUUCCUCGACCGAAGGAUCUCGUAAAGUUUGCCGAGAGCUGCAUGUACAGCCCCGGCUACCGUAGCUACCUUUAAAUGAACGUUGUAGUUUUGGUUUUCAAAAUUUUCCAUCAUUUUUUUUUUUGUGUAAUUUGUUGUUGUAGUCAUGGCAUUAGCAUAGGAAAUGCCUCAAGAACUUGUUACUUUUGCUUCUUUUAAUUGUCUGUUUCUGAAGUGGUUUAUCUGUUUAUGUAAUAUUCAUUUGUUGUUUAGAUUGAGUCAUGUAGGCUUUUGUAAUUCAUGAGAUCAUUUGUGCAAAUAAAAUUAACUUAUACUUUCACCUU